GUUUAAGCCAUAGGAACCACUGAUGUGCCGAGCGUUGGUAUCGUUGGUAUUCCUGAUUUAAAAUAAAAAUUAACCGCCAAUCACCAUCAAUAGGUUAUACACAAGUAUAUAACUUUAUUAUUAAAUAAAAGUAAUAUAUUUUAUUUCGGUAAUCAUUUUUAAAUAAAUCGGAAUAAAACGAAAUUCAAUGUACAUAAAAAUUCGUGAUAUAAAUGCAAAGCCUGAGGAAAAUGAUAUUUUUAUUGAUAUCUCCAAAACCUCCAAAAUCGAACAGAUUAAGAAAAAAAUUGAAGAAGAACGGGGAAUUAAAAUAAAUUGUCAAAGACUGUUAUAUAAAGGAAAGCAGCUAGAAAACGAUUUACGUGUUUUUGAUUAUGAUGUACAAUUAAACGAUGUUAUUCAACUUGUUAUAAGAUCAGAGGAGCAUAUUAACAAAAGCACUGAUAACAAAAAAAAGGAAGAAGGCCCAUCUAAUUCAACUGACAUUGUAAGGGAAGAAAGGAAAAAAGUAGACAGCAAAUAUUUUAAAGUAGGUGAUUUGGUAGAUGCACAUGAUCCAGAAUACACAGCAUGGUUUGAAGGUAUACUCGUUGCUGUGUGGGAAAACAAUGUAGGUUUACAAUCAACAUUAAAUAAUGAGGAUGUUCUUUUUCAAAUUAAGCUAGAAAACUUUGAACAUUUUGCUGACCUAGAAGUAGAAUNAAAUAUUCAAAAAUUCCCUAUUAAUAAUAAUGCAAUAUAG